AUGGGCUAGGUUUAUUCCCUCGUACGAGUUGUUAUAGCGCAAUACAAUCAUACUCGGUAAAGUACCCGACUUCCUUAUGAAAUCAUAUAAAUAUACACUAUUAUAAGCUAAGAGCACAUUACAACAAAGGUGAGCGACAGAUAAUUAUAAUAUCAAAAUGUUGAAGCUAACGUACAUUUUCGGAGUAUUUCUGGUGAUGUUUAUUGUGGAUUCCUCGUGUCAGCGAUUUAUACAGCCCACAUACCGACCACCUCGACGAAAACCUGUAAUUAUUAGAGCGGUAAGAGAAGCAGACGAACCUCUAUGGUUGUAUGAAGGAGACAAUAUAGAACGAGCACCUGCCACCGCUGACCAUCCAGUUUUGCCAUCAGUAAUAGAUCAUAUCAAAUUGGAUCCUAAUAGAAGAUACGUUCGCAGCUUAGAUUCUCCAAGUGCCAAACGUGGUGGAGGAAGUCAUGCUCCAACUGGUGGUCGAGAUACGGGAGCAACACACUCUGGAUAUAAUCGCAGAAAUGCUAGAGAAGUUAGAUUGCCUGAACCGUUCAGAUUUCCAUCACCUACUAUACCUAAGCCAAUUGAUAUAGACCCAAUUUUCCCGCGACCGUGGUCUCCGAGGCAACCUUAUCCUAUCUACGCGAGAGCCCGAAGAGAUAUUGAAAUUCCAGGUAUUAAAAAGCCAAGUCAUCGAGACAUCAUAAUUCCUAAUUGGAAUCCUAAUAUUCGUACUCAACCGUGGCAAAGAUUCGGUGGAAAAAAAUCGUCUCAACAUUGAAACUUUUUUAUAACGAAAAAAAAAUGCUAGAUUAAUAUAAUCAAUACUAAUAAUAUGAACUGAAUCAGGUCAGAAUAUUAUCUUUGUGUGCUUAGUAGAUUACCAGACUGUAAGAUUUAAUUAAUGCUGGAGAAUGAAAUGAAAAUUUAAGAAAUUAUCCCAGUGUGAGGCCUUUAGCAAAUUUUUACAAGAGGCCUAUACUUCGUGUUUAAAAAACGCAAAAAAUAUUACUUUGUACGAACUAAGAAAAUAAUACUAAUGAUUAAAAAACUGUUUUAUUAUUUCAUUGUAAACAGUGAGUACACGGAGCCCUUCAGUGUGCUGGUCAAUACUAUUUGCUACCCUUAAUACUAGGCUAUUCUGGCACUGCUUGAACAGGUUUAAUGCACAAAGUUGUCUUAUGUUUUUCAUGUGCAUAGAAAUUGUACAAGCAACUGAUUUAUUUAAUGAAAAGAUAUGUUGUGAUAGAGAGAGGUUUUGAUUAAAUUAUGUGU